AUGGAAAAUACAGAAGAAACCCUUAAUAGGCAACUAGAAAACCUAGAAAGACUUAUGGUCUCUUUAGAUAUAAGUGGAAAAAAUCAGGAGAUCCCUGAUAACAAAUCUGAAGAUAACAAUCAGAUCAUUUAUGAUUUUAGCUCAGAAGAAGCUAGUGAAAACGAAAAUGAGAAUCCUCAUUUCGUAAAAAUAGAAGAACAUGGAGAAACUUCAGGUACCAAAAGACCUGCAGAUUUUGAAAAGGAAUUUACCAAACAAAAAUUCCAAAAAGUACCUCAUUACUAUGAGCCUUCACAAAACCCUUUUCAAGGACAAGGUGUUUUAGACAUAGAUUGUAGUUUAGACACUGCAAAGGAUCUUAGAGAUUGGUACAAUACAAAUAAUGUAUUAAUCCAUCUGAAUGAAGAUCUAAGAAAUUUAGGAUCAGUUGAUAUUUUCAACUACCUACAAUAUAAAACUAGAGGAAAUGCAUUCAAAUACAUUUCAAAUCUACCACCACAAGUUAUGGGAACUAUGCCUUUAAUAGGAUCCUUAGUUACAGACUGGGUAUAUAGUUUACUAGUCAAAGAAUUCAAAGGAUGGAAGGAUACUGUCCAAUCAAAAGCAGCAUUUUCCGAUCAAAAUCUUUGGAAAAUAACUAAUUUAAAAAUUUGCAAUAUGUGUUACAUUGAUAACUUUAUUUGUGAAUUUCAGAGUUAUUAUUAUAACAUAGACAAUGAAACAAGACUAUCAAGAGGAUUGUUAGAUCUCCUCUAUGAUAAGCUUCCAGGAGGAGUGUCAACUCAAGUCAAACUAUACUUUACCUCAAUAUCAUCAGAAGGAAAGGUAGAUGAUACUCUAGGAGGAAGAAUAACUGUUUUAAAACAGUGGCUAACAGAUAAAUGUAGCGAAAAGAUAGCUAAAAGAGAAGCUAAAGUAUCACUUUGCUGUGAUAAGUUACAAAACAAAGUAGGAGACUAUAGGUGUAACUAUAGAAAUCCUAAAAAGAAAUCUAGAAGAAAUAUAAGGUCUUAUAAGAAAAAGAAAUUCAGAAAAAUCCCUUUUAAGAAAUUUAGAAAAGGAGAUAAGAAAUUCUUUAGGAAAAAACCUCCUUAUCCUAAAAGAAAAACAUGUCCGCAAGAUAAGAAAUCAUGCACAUGUUGGUUAUGUCAUGAAGAAGGACACUAUGCCAAUGAGUGCCCUAAAAGGGAUAACCCUAAGAAAAAUGUCUUACAAGCCAUAUACGCAAUAGGAUAUGAACCUAUAGAAUCAGAUGUAGAAUCUGAUGAGGAAAUUUAUGAAUACUGCACAGAGACAGAUUCAGAGAUAGACUUAAAUGACGAAGAAAGUACUUGGUAAAGGAAAUCCAAGUGCAACAUUUAUAAAAAUAGUGCUAGAAAAUAAAAACCUUUUAGCCUAUAUAGAUACAGGUGCAACCCUUUGUUUUGGAAGAAAAUCGAUCUCUAGGAACUGGGAUAGAUUAGAAAAGCCAAAAGAAAUAGUUGUUGCAGACAAGUCAAAACAUCAAAUAUGGUUUAGCCUUAAGGAUGUAUCUAUAGAAAUUGAAGGAUAUAAGUUUUUUAUCCCUACAAUUUAUUUACAUGAUUCAGGUCUUGAUCUAAUUAUUGGAAACAAUUUUCUAAAAUUAUAUGAACCCUUUAUUCAAAGGAGUAAUACAAUUUCUCUUCGAUGGAAAAAUCUUGGAAAUCCAGACGAAAAGAAAAUGAUUACUACAAAAAUAAUUACUAGAAAUGAAAUUUUAAAAAUGAUUUCUGGCAAUUUGAAAAAACUUAGUUCUAUUUGGGAAGAGUAUAAAUUCUUUUCAACUUUAGAAGAAAGACUCGAUGAAGUUUGUUCUGAUGAUCCAUUAGAUAAUCAGAAAAAUACUAAUCAUGAAUUAAUAGUAAUUCGACUUAAAAACCCGAAUGAAGAAGUCAACGUUCCUAAUAGAAUUCCAUAUACUAUUAAGGAUGUUGAAGAAUUCAAAACUGAGUGUAAAGAUUUACUUGAAAAAGGACUAAUAAGACCUUCUUCAAGCCCACAUUCAGCUCCAGCUUUUUAUGUCGAAAAUCAUAACGAGAUAAAAAGAGGGAAAAGAAGAAUGGUAAUUAACUAUAAGAAACUCAAUCUUGCAACCAUUGGAGAUUCUUAUGGAUUACCUAGAAAAGAUUUUAUUUUUGAAAAAAUUAAAGGUUGUAACUAUUUUUCAUCCCUUGAUGCAAAAUCAGGAUAUUAUCAGCUAAGACUUUCUGAUGAAACAAAACCUUUAACGGCAUUUUCAUGUCCGCCACAAAAACAUUUUGAAUGGAAUGUUUUACCCUUUGGGUUAAAACAAGCACCUUCAAUAUAUCAAAGAUUUAUGGAUAAUUCUUUACAAGGAUUAGACCAUAUAUGCCUUGCAUAUAUUGACGAUAUACUUAUUUUUACAAAAGGAACAAAAGAACAACAUAUCAAGGAUGUUGAAAUAGUUCUUUUAAGAAUUAAAGAAAAAGGAAUUGUUAUUUCAAAAAAGAAAUCACAACUUUGUAAAACUGAAAUUGAGUAUCUCGGAGUAAUCAUAAAAGAUAAUGGAGAACUCAAUUUAGCGCCACAUACUCAGGAAAAGAUUUCAGCUUUCCCUGAUGUAUUAGUGGAUAGAAAACAAAUUCAAAGAUUCUUAGGAUGUUUGAAUUAUAUUGCCAAUGAAGGAUUUUUUAAAGACUUGGCAAAAGAAAGAAAAAUUUUACAAAGGAAAAUUUCUGAAAAAAUUCCUUGGUCAUGGACAGACGAAGAUACUAAGAUUGUGAAAACAAUUAAGAGUAAAAUUCAAGUCCUACCAAAGCUUUACAAUCCCACAAAUGAUGACUUUCUAGUUGUCGAAAUUGAUGCAUCCAAAGAUACAUGGGCAGGAUGUAUGAGAGCUUUCCCUAACGGAAAAGCAACACUAAAACUCAAUGAGUUUGGUGAAAAUCUGAGCGUAACCUCAGAUAUACAAUCUGAUCUAAUUUCGAAAGAAAGAAAGACAGAUAAAAAAAAAAAAAUUUAGUAGAUUACUCUGCUAAAUUUAAUAUAAAAGAAAAAGAGUUAUUACUCUGUAAAUACAUAUCGGGAACUUUUUCUGAUACAGAAACAAGAUAUCCGAUAGCUGAGUUAGAAACACUUGCAUGUGUUCGAGUAUUAGAAAAAUGGAGAGUAGAACUUCUACCCUCUAGGUUUCUUUUGCGAACAGAUUCAAAAUAUCUAACAGGAUUCUGGAGAUAUAAUAUAAAAGCAGAUUAUAAAAGCGGACGAUUAAUUCGUUGGCAGAUGAAAUUACAACAAUUUCAACCAUACAUUCAGUAUAUAAAAUCUGAAAACAACAGUUUUGCAGAUACUCUUACACGGGAAUGGAGCAAGCAAUAAAGAUCUUGCAACAUAAUCUGAAACAAAAGGACGAGCAGAUUGAAGCUACUCAACAGCGUCUUACAAAACUCUCUUCUGAGAGGGGGGAGAUAAUUACAACAUUACAAAAUUUGCAACAAUAUACAGCAAAUACAAACAUCAAUGAACCAACUGAAGAAAAAAGCAGCAGCAACACCAAAGAAAAUUGGGACUUGCUUGGACAAGAUUCUGGAAAAUACAACUACUAUGUAAAGUAUUCAGCUCCAGAAAGCUCGAAGAUUCCAAUUGAAGCAAUAGCACCAAGUGAUUGGAAAAAGGAACAAGAAUCUUCAGAAACAACUUCAGACAGCAAGAAAUCAUGGGCUGAUGAAGUAGAAGAAGAAGAUGAAGCAGGAAAAAAUGGUUUGUCAACAACCAUCCAAACAAACGAUCCCGUAGACAAUAAAAUGGGAAAGUUCGAAGCUUAUGUCAUUUUCGAUGGUCCAAUGAAAGGGAUCUACAGAAAAUGGGCAAUAGCAAAACAGCACAUCAUCGGAAAAAAUGUACGCCACAAAGGCUACAAAACCAUUAAAGAAGCAGAACAAGCUCUUUACGGUCCUUACAAGGAAAUUACAGCAGCAAAAGAUAUCCAAAGAUCUUCAACAAUGGAGUCAAAAAAGAAGCUGUCAAUUGAUAAAAUCCGCCAGCUAGAACAUCAAAAAACAUUCCACUUAGCAGACCCAACUUUCACAGAGUUUAGUCUUAGAUGGAAAUGGAUAAAUAACUAUAUAGAAGAAUUCUCUACAGAUUGCUUCUACCCAACAAACAAGUAUGGAUGUUCAAAAACGGUCCUACUUCCAGGAAUAGACAAUCAGCUUUGUCUAUCAUUCUUUCAAAAUGGAUUGAUCAGCACAAUUUAUCUCGAAGAAAAAGAACAAAGAAGUUUUGGAGAACUCAAAUACUUUCCAGAAGAACUUCAAAACCUAGUACAAAAAUUCAACAAUCUCUUUGCCAAAGGAAAAGAAAUAUUCCUUCAAAUUGAUUCAACAUAUCCAUGGUACGAUGAAAUUACUCUGGAUUUAACUAUAAAACCACAAUAUCUCAUCAAAAUAGGGAUAUCAAACAAGACAUAUCCAACUAUGUCGAAAGAGAAAAAUGAAUGGCACCCAGCCAGUUACAUUGCACAAAUGAAACACUUCAGACAAAAGGUUACCAGGUUAACCCAGCAAACAAACUACAGGGUUGUUUACAACGAUCCAUCAACAGUCGUUUACAGCGAUUCCAGAAAGCCAGCCAAGGAGAAAGAUUUACAGGCUGUUAAAAAUCUUGAAGAAAGAGUUGACCAGCUAAAAGAAGACUACACAAAACUACCCAUGGUAAUUAGAGAAGAACUGUGUAGAAAUUUUACACAAAGUUACAAAGGACACGUGUGUGAAAUCUGUCCGCCAAAAUCGUCGGCACAAAACGACAAAGAAGCACUCAGUGGAAAACAACACAUCACAAUGUAGUGGCAGACAAAGAAAAGCAGCCACCCACUAUGUAGGGUCGGAUAAGACUGCCUUAUCACUAAGGCAUCUACUUUAUGUAAAUUAUUGUUUGUCCGUUUUCUUUAAGUGCGUUCUUCUUUUGCUUUAAUAGCUGUCACGGAUGGGGACAUGUGAACCACUUGUGAGUCCUACUCCGCUAUAAAUAAGAGCCUUGAUGCUCGUUUGUAAUCAGAAUGAAAUUAAGUUUGAAUGAAGUUUUUCAUUUCUCCUAAAA